UGAGCAUAAAAACUAACUCUAGAAGGUUCUCUCUGGAAGCGUGGGAGGUGGGUGAUUGAUUUAACGGUGUCAAUCUCGAAUUUUUCCGAUCUUCUAGAUCAAAGACAUAACUGCGAUGAAGGCUAAGGCUGUGGGUGAGGCUGAGGCUAAGGCUGUAACACGCGUGUGGUGGGACAUCAACAGGUGUCCGGUUCCCAGUGACGUUGAUGUUCGUCGGGUGGGUCCGUGUAUAAAACGGGCGUUGGAGAAAUUAGGCUACUCUGGUCCUCUCACCAUCACUGCCGGUGGCAUACUAACAGACGUCCCGCAUGACUUCCUCAGACAAGUCCAUUCCUCUGGAAUCGCUCUUCAUCACGUUCCCACCGAUAUCUCAGGCCUUGGGUGGGCUGUGCUUAAGUGGACCUGGUAUAAUCAACCUCCGGCUAAUUUAAUGCUCAUAUCGUAUGAGCCAAUCUUCUUGGGCACUCUUGGCAAGCUAGGUGGGAUCGGAUACAACAUUGUUCGGUCUAUACUUCCAGAUGAUCUUGAACAAGCCGCAUCCUCCGCCUCCGCUUCCUCUUCUGCAGGGUGUUUCCUCUGGGAAAGCUUACUGGCAAGCUUUACCAGCAGGUCUUUGUCCUCUCUCUCUCUCGUCGCAAUACUACCGUAACAUAGAUGAAGAAAACGACGAAGAUGACUACGAAGACGACGAAGAAGAGUAGUAAGAGUUGUGUGUGUUAAUGUUAAUCUUAACUUAAGCUACCUAAUCCUUUUUACUAUCAACAUCUUCUAAAUCCUCAUAAACUCUGGUUUUCUUUGUGUGUUAACAAUGAUGUUAUCUUAAGCUAGGAGUAGUAAGAGUUGUGUGUGUUAAUGUUAAGAUUUCACCAA